GGUGACUCCAAAGUUGACAAUCUCUCCAGAAGGGUUUAAGCCAACUACCCUGGCUAAGGAGACUCCGAAACAUUCAUGAGUGUGAAUGUAGAGUAGGAAGAGCAUUUGCACUCUCGAUAUGAAGCUUCGCCUGCCUUAUCUAUACCGUCCACCGUUUCAUCAUCUCAUCAAGCUAUCCCACCGUCUAAACAUUGGCAGUUAAGCUUGCACCCAGCCUCAGAUAUUCGACCUCCACCCGUGGUACGCAGUCUGCCUCGCAAAAUUCCCCGAGGGGAUGCUGACAGACAGACGGACACACAACACCACCCUAAACAUCACCCCCCGAGUUACGUUGUAUGGCGAAAGGUGUUGUGUGCAUGGGACAUGGGAGAUUCGCCGCGGAGAGUUUUAAAGGUGGGAGGGAGCAGGGACCACGGCAGCCCCGCACCAGAUCGUGGGGUUGGCACGCAUCAACCCGAAGGUGGCUCCGCUUCGAAGGGCCCAUCCAGAUGGAGACCGGACGUUCGCCCGUCUCCGCAAAUGUCCAAUCAAUGACGGCCAAUAUUCGAGAAGGGAGA